AUGCAAUCCUCCUCCUCAACUAUUCCUGCUAAGAUGAAGGCCUGGAUCUACACCCAACACGGGGUAGCCGCCGACAUCCUCAAGUUCGAACCCGAGUUCGAUGUUCCCAACGUUAAAGAUGACCAAGUCCUCAUCAAAGUUGUUGCUGCCGCUCUGAAUUCUAUCGACACCCUGCGGAUGUCUUCUUCCUUCAAGGGCACCGAUUCUCCUUUCCCUAUCAUUCCGGGAUACGACGUGGCUGGUGUGGUAGUCAAAGUGGGAAGUAAUGUGAAAGAAUUCAAGGUGGGGGACGAAGUGUACGGAGACAUAAAUGAGAACUCUCUGAACCCAACUCAAUUUGGGUCGGUGGCAGAGUAUUGCGCUGUGGAUGAAAAGGUACUUGCUUUGAAGCCAAAACAUUUAAGUUUCGUUGAAGCAGCUGGUUUCCCUCUCGCCGUUGAAACCGCAUAUGAGGGCCUUGAAGCUGCCGCCCUCUCUGCCGGAAAUUCACUCCUUGUUCUCGGUGGCUCUGGCGGUGUCGGCACUCUCAUCAUUCAGCUAGCAAAGAAAGUGUUCGGGGCAUCUCGAGUGGUGGCAACUUGUAGCGCUGCAAAAGCAGCGUUAGUGAAAAGCUUAGGAGCUGAUUUAACUGUUGACUACAAGCACGAGAAGGUUGAAGAUCUGCCUGAGAGAUUUGACGUCGUUUAUGACACCACCGGGGAAUCUGAUAAGGCAGUGAAGCUGAUAAAAGAAGGUGGGAGAGUGGUGUCAAUCACCGGGACGGCAGUCCCUCCGGCUUUUCACUUCGUUAUGAGUUCAACCGGGUCGGUGCUGAAGAAACUGAACCCUUGCUUUGAAGAAGGGAAGGUGAAGCCAGUUCUGGAUCCUAAGACCCCAAUCCCUUUCUCUCAGGCUGUGGAAGCAUUCACCUUUAUGGCCUCUCACCGAGCUACCGGAAAGAUUGUCAUUUCUCCUAUCCCCUGA